AUGGGUCCCUGUACGGCCUCCCAUUGCUGCUGUCUCCAUCGCCACACUCUGCCAUGUGCCACAUUCAGGUCUCCUCACACUCCUGCUGGUUUCCAUUUUGUCAUAGGUUGCUGUAUGGCCUCCCAUUGCUGCUGCCUCCACUGCCACACUGUGGCUCCAAACACUGGUUUUGGCCCCGUGACUGACCAAAUGAGUGAAAUGUGCGGUGAUUCUAAGAUCGACGGCACUCAUCUGCAUGUCAUACUGACUGACAGUAUUAUUUCUCUUCCCCAGCAGACUCCAAGGGCAUUUAAAUUAAAGGUACAGUGUUCUGCACUAAUAUUA